AUGCUGCUGUUCGGUCUCUGGAACUUCUUUCUCAACGUAGCUGCUCGGUACAAGGAGCAUCCCUUCAACAACAUCAAUGGCUUCCCUCUAUGGAUCUUGAACCUCAUUUGGUCAGUCAGCACCCUAGUCCUGGCACUCGGCAUGACCGGGUUCAUGGUAUGGGCUGGUCAGGACCUGUUUGACUGGUUCGUUUGGGGCCCGUUAAUCAUCGACCUCGGCAUCAUCGUCCGUGCUGGCAUCGAAGCCGUAGCCGAUAGCCCACAGUCUGGGCUACUGCGCGCAACCUGGAACGGUCUCUGGGACAUCGGACCCCAGCCUCCACCCCAAACGAACCCCAACGGCGACGGCCCGGGUCUCAACGGUGGUACCGAGUUACAAACAUAUGGAGCUCGCCCUCGGCCUGGGAGCAAUGUCUAG